AUGCCGUGUGUAGCCCAAGAUCCAGGCGACAAGGACUCUGAGCCCUUUGUCGAGGUCGACCCGUCGGGGCGGUAUGGCCGUUAUGCAGAUCUUCUGGGAGCCGGCGCCGUGAAGAAGGUGUACCGGGGGUUCGACCAGGAAGAAGGAAUCGAGGUGGCUUGGAACCAGGUUCGUCUCCAUUGUUUUAUGGAUGAUCUCCGGGUGAUCGACCGUCUCUACUCAGAGGUACAGCUCCUCCGUUCGCUUCGCCACGAGAAUAUCAUCACCCUCUACCACAUGUGGACCGAUCUGGAACGCGGCACCCUCAACUUCAUUACCGAGGUUUGCACGUCCGGCAACCUGCGGGAGUACCGCCGGCGCCACAGGAAUGUGUCGCUGAAGGCCAUUAAGAAGUGGUCGCAUCAGAUUCUUACAGGUCUGGAGUACCUCCACACCCACGAGCCCUGCAUCAUUCACCGCGAUAUCAACUGCAGCAAUGUCUUCAUCAACGGCAACGUCGGCCAGGUGAUCGAUCAUUCAGCGCUCCUGAACCACAAAAAUUCCUCCAAAUGCCGCGUAAAGUUGUCUCGGUCAACUCGAUAUUUCCUCGAUCGUUCGUCGCUUUUAAGUUCUGAAUAACAUGAAGCGAUCGUCGAUCGAUGAAUCGACGACGAUGUAAAUUGAUGCUGCUCUUGUCCAGGUGAAGAUUGGGGAUCUGGGACUGGCGGCGAUCGUGGAGGGGAACCACGCCGCGCAUUCGAUCCUAGGAACUCCAGAGUUCAUGGCCCCGGAGCUUUACGAAGAGGAUUACACCGAGCAGGUUGACAUAUACUCCUUCGGCAUGUGCCUGCUGGAGAUGAUCACCCGGGAGAUCCCCUACAGCGAGUGCGACAGCGUGGCGAAGAUCUAUAGGAUGGUGACGGCGGGCGUGCGUCCGGCGGCGAUGGCCAAGGUGAGGAACCCAGAGGUCAAGGCUUUCAUCGAGCGGUGCCUGGGCACGCCGAGGGCCCGACCUUCCGCCUCGGAGCUUCUCAAGGAUCCAUUCUAUCAUGAUCUCGAGCGGGAAGCCUCGUAA